AUGUACAAGCAAUGGUUCUACAAUAAUGGUGCACGCAAGCAGCGCGUUCGAAAGCAUCUCAUCAAGUAUGGCCGAAAAUGGACAGCUCGAGAGGUAAAAACCAUCAUCCAGGAGCAGACUGGGAUGAAGCUGGGGGAAAAGGGAAUGAUGAAACAUUACCAACGUGUUGUCACCAAAAUUAUGCAAGGUCUUACCUCCGAUGAGUUAAAGGAGGCUGAAGCGACCACAUUGGCAUGGUCACAGGAAGGUCCGCCAGCAGAUAUACAAACCAAUAUUGCGAAGACAAAGGGUGAAUCAUUGAUAAAGUAUUUUGCAACAGAGAUGUACAGGCAAGCCGGAAUGAGAAUAUUUGUGGUAUCAGCAUGGAAGGAACAAGACAGAAAGCUAAUGAUUGGAGGCCAUGAUUUUAACGACAAAAUUGGCGGCGGUGAACGAUUCAUGGACACGAAGGAUUGGCAAGUUAUAUUGGAAGAAUGGAAUCCAUAUGCAGAGGAACAGUUCAAUAUGCAGGAAGGGACCGACGAUCGGGUGAUCCGUGGAAAGACACAGGCAGGCCUUGAUCUUCAAACCACAAAGGAUCUUAUUCGUGACUUCAUGACAAUACAUUACCGACAUUGUUGCCAGAAGGUGAAAGUUCCCGUUCCGUGGGCGACGAUUAUAUCGCAGCAAGAAGAAUUCAUCAAGAGUAAAUAUCUCCCUGAGGCAACAAGAAUAAAAGAUCCGUCCAAGCUGAAGAAGGCUGAGGCUCAAAUGCUUCUUCAAUUCUGGCAUCAGAGGCAGAAACACACAACUGACACCACAUUUGAAUUCAAGGGAUGGGUGGACUCAGAUGGAAACAUACACUCUCCUGUUAGGAAACCAACUCAGAGGUCGAAUGAUCGAGCUAGAAGCCAUCAGCCAUUACAAUGGUCUAGGACACGCAAAUCAAGAGCAAGGAGCACUGGCAACCAGAAUACAGACGAGGAGUCUUCUGAGGACAAUGAUGAUGCACGCCUUCCACCACGUCAAAAGUCAAAGUGUCUUGCAAGACAGAGAGCAACCACUGGGUCAUGUUGUAACUCUCCCAUCGGUCCAAUCAUUGACAUUGACAGCCAAUCGAGCCAAAAUGCUGGAUGGAAAGGCAAUGGUCAUAUGAAGGCGAGGGUUGCCUCCAUCUCCUGUAGAAAGGAGCCAGAGUCCGAUGAUUCAAUACAACCAAGGCCAUUAGUGAAGAGAGGAAUCAGGACUCGUUUACCACAGACCGACGAGAGUGAUGUGACUUAUCCUCCGAUAUCUAUCUCUCCAACGGCAAUGAUGGUGAUUGGCCAGGCAGAAAAAAUCCAGCACAUCAGGGGUGGGAAGAGACCCAGAACCGGUGCUGAGUCAACCCCGGACAUUAAUGCAAGCUCAUCAUCGCCUCACAACCAAUGUUUACCAAAGAACCUUGGAGAUGCAAAGGGUGGAGCUACGAGAAAUCUAGUGAUGCCAUUGCAAAAACCACGUCCUUGGCCUGGCCUGGCCGGCUGGUUGAAGCAAGUAAAUCAAAAGCAUAUCUUUCAGAAUGCAUUGACCAUCGGUCCUAUCACGGCCAAACAAAAUUCUAUGCCACCACACAAUAACAUCGUCCCACAACCUCACAUACUUGUACCCAAGCCACCACCCCGGCUGGGGCAUCCGGAGAAGUCUAAGUCAUUGACAUCCACCUCAGCAAUGGUUGCAAUACAUGAAGGAUCUCCAACAGGUGCCUUAGUGACACCAGUACCAAACAAUCUACCUGUAGAGAGAUCUCGGCCAAGACCUCGGCCAGCCGGAAAACUGCUUGGCACCAGCAGUCAUCGUCCAACUGCCACAGGCAAACAUGUUCUCCUUGAUCACUUCGUGGAUAAACAGCAUUCACAGGCUCCUGUCGCAGAUACUGUCAGGAUGAUUCAUGGUCAAAAUGGUACCCUGGAUGAGACACCCAGUAUGCUACCGCUGAGGGAUAGGAAGACUUCCGAAAAGACAUCCGGAACGACAUUGACACCAGCUGAAGUUCACACAUUCAGAGCAGCCAACAAUACUUGUCAGAACGCAAAUACAGCUGUAUCCUCGAAUUGCCAACAUAUAGAUGAUCGUUCAGGAGGGACGGGUGCAGAUCUGAUGCUGAGACCAGAACAGGGUAAAGGCGUCAAACGACGGAGAGUAGAUGAACUGCCAGAACCUCCUAGGAAACAGGCAGUUAGACAAAGAAGGUUGCCCAGCAGGCCAGGUACAUUGGUGCCAGCCGGUGCACCUGGAAAAGAUGAAGACCAACCUAGUGACGAGGGGCUCAUUGUGAUAGCUAUACCGGGAGGUGCUGAUGCCCGAGAGGAGGUUGUGGUAACCAUUUGGUCCGUACUAGCUGCGGGAAGUGAUAUAUUGGCUGUAGGAGAGGGUGGGAUGGGUUGGGUGAGCAUCGGCACCGUGGAGGAUCUGUCCGGCCUGCGCAUGGGGUCACCAUCAACAGCCGUUGAUUCGUCGUCUGCGGAGUUUGGUGUUUGA